ACUCUCAUGUAAUUUCACUCUCUCUUGUGUUCACUCCUUUUCUUCUUCUUCUUCCCCCAAAAAACACACUUUCUCACUAGUCCUUUUUUAACUCUCUGAUUUGCAGCAUAAAUAGAAACAUUUCAGAGAUAAGUCAGCACCACACAGCAGAAAAACAUAUAUCCCUUUUUUAGUCAGUAGUACUACACACAGUUCAGUUAAAUAACGGUUUUUCUUCUUCCCCAUCUUGCCCUUUUUCUUCUCCACAUUCACUCACCAUUACUAUAUUUUCUUGAUUUUUCUCAAGUUUUGCAAAAAUGAUCACUUGGCACGAUCUAUAUGUUGUGUUAACAGCAGUUGUUCCUUUGUAUGUUGCUAUGAUCUUGGCAUAUGGUUCUGUCCGAUGGUGGAAAAUCUUUUCCCCUGAUCAAUGCUCUGGUAUAAACAGAUUUGUGGCUAUUUUUGCAGUCCCUUUACUUUCCUUUCACUUUAUAGCCAUGAACAACCCGUAUGAAAUGAACUUCCGUUUCAUUGCUGCUGAUUCUUUACAAAAGGUUAUUAUGUUAGUGGUGCUUUCAUUAUGGGCUAAUUUGACAAAAAAUGGUAGCCUAGAAUGGAGCAUUACAAUUUUCUCACUUUCAACACUUCCUAAUACACUUGUUAUGGGAAUUCCUUUGUUAAUUGCUAUGUAUGGUGAGUACUCUGGUAGUUUAAUGGUACAAGUUGUAGUGUUACAGUGUAUUAUUUGGUACACCCUUUUGCUUUUCUUGUUCGAAUAUCGUGGGGCUAAGAUGCUUAUUAUGGAACAAUUUCCUGAAACUGCUGCUUCCAUUGUUUCAUUUAAAGUGGAAUCUGAUGUUGUUUCUUUAGAUGGACAUGAUUUUCUUGAAACUGACGCUGAAAUUGGCCAAGAUGGUAAACUUCAUGUUACUGUAAGAAAAUCAAAUGCGUCUAGGAGAUCAUUUGCUAUGGACCAUAGACCAUCAAAUCUAACUGGAGCUGAAAUUUAUAGCUUAAGUUCUUCAAGAAAUCCAACUCCUAGAGGAUCUAAUUUUAAUCAUAAUGAUUUUUACUCUAUGAUGGGUUUUCCUGGAGGAAGAUUAUCCAAUUUUGGUCCUGCGGAUAAUAUGUAUUCUGUUCAAUCGUCUCGGGGUCCAACCCCGAGACCGUCUAAUUUUGAAGAAAAUUGUGCUCCGGGAGGUCUGAUUCAGAACUCUCCGAAGUUUGGAUUUUUCCCGGCGCAGACUGCUACCCCAGGUUAUUAUCCUGCACCGAAUCCCGAAAUUGCUUCGACAGUACCUAAGAAUACAAAACCUCAGCAACAACAAAAUGUUCAAGUACAAAAGCAAGAUGUACAACAACAGCUGAAUGCUAAAGGUAAUAAUCAUGAUGCUAAGGAACUUCACAUGUUUGUUUGGAGCUCGAGUAAUUCGCCGGUGUCGGAAGCCGGCGGCCUCCAUGUGUUCGGCGGCAAUGAUUUCAGUGCUAACGAACAAUCUGGUCGGUCCGAUGGUGCUAAAGAAAUUAGGAUGUUGGUUUCUGAUCAUCCUCAAAAUGGGGAUAAUACUAAAGCCAUUCCGCAAAGUGGGGACUUUGUUAGGGAAGAUUUUAGCUUUGGAGGUGCCAAUGGUGGUGGAAAAGAUGGAGAUGAAGAAAAAGGAGAAAAAGAGGGACCCACUGGACUGACUAAACUGGGGUCCAGUUCCACAUCGGAGCUACACCCGAAAACCGCCGGAGUUCAAGAUUCCGGUACCGGAAAACAGAUGCCACCGGCGAGUGUUAUGACUCGUUUAAUCUUAAUCAUGGUUUGGCGUAAGCUUAUCCGUAACCCGAACACGUAUUCGAGCCUCAUUGGUCUGAUUUGGUCACUAAUCUCAUUUAGGUGGCAUGUGCAUAUGCCCAAAAUCAUAGAGAAAUCAAUCUCUAUUCUCUCAGACGCUGGUCUUGGAAUGGCUAUGUUUAGCUUAGGUCUGUUUAUGGCUUUGCAACCAAAGAUCAUUGCAUGUGGGAACACAGUGGCUACAUUUGCAAUGGCUGUGAGGUUUUUGACUGGCCCAGCAGUUAUGGCUGCUGCUUCCAUUGCCGUUGGUCUUCGUGGUACCCUCCUCCAUGUAGCCAUUGUACAGGCUGCAUUGCCACAAGGGAUUGUCCCAUUUGUGUUUGCUAAGGAGUACAAUGUUCAUCCAGCUAUUCUUAGCACUGCGGUUAUUUUCGGGAUGUUGAUAGCAUUGCCAAUCACAUUAGUGUACUACAUCAUUCUUGGAUUAUAAGAUCGAGUCAAGUGAAAGAAAGAAAAAGAUAGCUAGUGGGAAAUGAAGAAAAUGAAAUAUUUCACUGGUUGCUGAGUUUGCAUUAAUAUUACCCAUGAAAACUCCCAGAUAUUUGGAGCAUAGGACAAGAUAUUUGACUUAAAUUAGUUUGAGGUCCUGAUAUUUGAAGAAAACACACCCAAAUGUGCAAACUUAGAGAAGAGCAAAUUGGGAAUCGUCUAGUGGAAAAGAGGAGACAUGGAGGAGCAAAACAAGGAAGCAAAAUGAAUGAUUAUAGUUUAUUUUCUUCCCCAUAAUUAUUACGCGUGUAAAGUGUCAAUUAGUAAGAAAUUCGGAUUUCUUCUGACUUUUCAAGGUGGAGUGAAUGGUAGAAUUGUAGUUUCUAGUUCAGAAUUUUUUUUUCUUUUUUUGUUAAUUGACCACUCGCGUGUAUUUAGUUAUUGUAAUAGUUUGGUUUGUUGUUUACUUCUUUUGUAAUUACUUUAGAUUUUUUAAAGGACUAUAUGGUCAAAAAGAUUGCA